UAUAUGUGUGUGUUUGUGUGCGCGUGAGUCAGUAUGCCAUGUCGUCCCCUGGCUCGUCGUUUGUGCAGAUAAAGCAUGAGGACCUGCUCUUCUAUGAGAACUGUGGAGGAGGCAGCUUUGGGAGCGUCUACAGAGCCCUUUGGAUAUCCCAGGACAAGGAAGUGGCGGUGAAGAAGCUUCUGAAGAUUGACAAAGAGGCUGAGAUUCUUAGUGUCCUGAGUCAUAAGAACAUCAUUCAGUUUUAUGGAGCCGUGCUGGAAUCUCCCAACUAUGGCAUUGUCACAGAAUAUGCCAGUGGAGGGUCUCUGUAUGAGUACCUAUCCAGUGAGCAGAGUGAGGAGAUGGACAUGGAACACAUCAUGACAUGGGCCAUACAGAUAGCCAAAGGGAUGCAUUACCUCCAUGCAGAAGCUCCAGUCAAAGUCAUUCACAGAGACCUCAAGUCACGGAACGUGGUAAUGACAGCCGACAGAGUGCUGAAGAUUUGUGACUUUGGGGCGUCUAAGUUUCUGUCUCACACCACCCAUAUGACGGUGGUGGGCACUUUUCCCUGGAUGGCUCCUGAAGUCAUUCAGAGCCUGCCUGUCUCAGAGACCUGUGACACUUACUCCUACGGUGUGGUACUGUGGGAGAUGCUGACUCGGGAGGUUCCUUUCAAAGGUUUCGAAGGGCUGCAGGUUGCAUGGCUGGUGGUGGAAAAACAAGAGAGGCUGACCAUCCCCACCAGCUGUCCAGCAAGUUUUGCAGAGCUGAUGAGGAAAUGUUGGCAAGCAGACCCAAAGGAGCGUCCACAGUUCAAACAAGUGCUGGUAACCCUGGAGACCAUGGCCAACGACAGCAGGCUACCGGACCAGUGUAACUCCUUCCUACAUAACAAGGACCAGUGGAGGUGUGAAAUCGAGUCCACCUUGGAGCGCCUUCGGAAACUGGAGAGGGAGCUUUACUCCAAAGAGAAGGAGCUGGAAGAGGAGAGGAGGCUUCGGCUGUGGGAGGAGAGGCUGAUGGAGAGGUCCAACAUGUCUCCCAGUCCGACCUCUCUACUCAUGGAGCGCUCAAACAUCUCACCAUUCUUCCCACCAAUGUCCAUCGGCUCGUCCGGCUCCUUCUUCCGCUCGCACUCUCAGGACUCCAAUAGCGCCGGGGUCAGCAGUGCUGGCGUCAGCUGCCUCCUCCGCACCCUCAGCAACGGAGACACGGAGAGGGGGGGCAGUGCAGUCCUGGAGAGGGGGAUGGGUUCGCUCGACAGCGGGAGGCUGCACGCCGUGUUCCGAGGGUUGCAGGGGAGGUUCGGAGAGCAGACGAGGAAGAGGAAGGAACGCUGGAGGAGAAAGGGUGGGGGCAGAGGGAGAGAGACGAGAGCUUGGAGGGAGGAAGGGUGCAGAGGAAUGGAGGGAGGUAUAGAGGGAGGGAGGCUCCCGACAAUGUUCAAGGGUCUCCACGGGAGUUUGGGGGGCUUGGGGGACAUGCUGUCCUUAGACAUGGAUGACAUGGGGGACAUGGAGAGACUAGGUGACAUGGACAUGAACAUGAACAUGGGCGACUUGGGAGUGAUGAAGGUCAGGAGUGAGAUGGGGGUCAGGGGUCGCAGGAGUGACAUGGGAGUCGUGGUCCAGGGAGUCAGAGGUGACCGCAGCGAGGCCAUCAGCCAAAAGAUUAGAGGCGAAGUCAUUGGUCACUCGGGGGUGCAGGUGAGCAUGCGCGCUUCGUCCAAUCAGAACUCUGUGAAGAGCUGCAGCGUGCGACAUGGAACCAAAAUCAACAUGGCGACUGCAGCCAUGGACAUGAUGGAGCUCGACUGGUCCGACAGCGACUAGACGACAGACGAGCACACACAUACGCACAGAAAACACACAUAGGAACACACACAAAGGCCAAACUAGAAAGAUUUCGACUUGUUAGCACAGACUGUAUCUGAGCUACAGUAUGUGCUUUAGAAUCUCCAGUAGAAAAUGUAAGGAGCCCCUAAAGGAACGAGGGGGAGAAAAAAAGUUGGAUGGUUAAAAGAAAAAAUUUUGAUAGUGAAAACCAAGAAACUUUUGCAUUCUGCCAAGAAACUUUUUGUCUUUUUCACCAUCUAAUUUUCACUAUCUAAUUUUCACCAUUUUUUUCCACAAUCAUU